CACUACCGUACGAUAAGGUUACCAUACAGAUAGACUGGUAGAGAUCACGUGAAUAAUGGUUUCAACAGGAGUAACCCUCGAGGUCAUAUACAAGCUGAUCAAGGAGGGUAAUCAAGAACUCAAGGGACAAAUUAAUAGCUUGAGCGAGACUGUUAAUGAAGCCAAAAGAGAAAUAAACAACAUCAAUAAUAAGUAUAGAGAUAUCGAGAAGGAAAAUUCAUUAUUGAAAAGCAAAAUCCUUAAUCUAGAGAAUAAGCUGAAAAAAUAUAACAUAGUCAUCUAUGGGGUAAAGGAAAGUGAUAAGGGGCCUAUGGAAGAUACUUUAAGCACUAUCGAAGGAAAAUUAGAAUUUCAAACUUCCCCAAGUGCCAAGGCAAGAAAACUUCCUAAAGGUGUUGGCCUUUUUGUCGAUAACGAUUACACUCCAGAAGAAUACGCCAAGAGAAAAUUACUUCAUCAGCACCUGAAGAAAGCCCGAGAAUCAUCUAAUUCUGCGUUUAUUAAAAACAAUAUUCUUUAUGUCAAUGGCGAAGCAUUUUCCUGGGAAAAGCUACAGAAUGACGAUAUUGGCGACCAUCAGGAUGAAGUAAUCAUUGAGACAGUUAUCUCUAAGCAGGAUAAAAAUACCGAAGAACAACUGAUCCCUCAAGAUACGAAAAGAGGGGAAAAUAGACCGCAAUAUGAACCAAGCAGGGUCAACAAGUUAGUUGCAGCAGCCCAUCUAAAAGUACUCCUACGUCUUCACACAAAGGGCCUAAACUACGCAGUACUUCAAAGUAACUGA